GAUCCCGACGCUUCUUCAGGCGAGUUGCGCGGCUCCGAGGCGUUACUCUGCGCUCUCUCCGGGCGGGCGGCGGCGGCGGGCCCCGGGACUCGCGGGCCAGGGCUGCGUGGGGCUGGAGAGGCCAGGCCCAGGCCGCGAGCACCCGGACCUCACAGCUUCGGACACGGUGUAACUGUAUUUCAGAAAAGAACUCGCCGAGCUCUUGGUUCCAAAGCACCGAUCGGACUCAGAGCGAGAAUCAGCCGUUUGGCUGAAACUUGGAGCCGAGCUUUUGGACCUGAAGAAGGAGCGGGGAGUGUUGAAGGAGGCGAAGGAGGAGGCGGCGGUGAGCGGAGGCGAGGAGGCGGAGCAGCACCGCCGAGGCGGCGGCCUCAGCAGCCGGCGACGCUGGGCUCUCCCCUGCGGGGGGCUGGACUUGGUGUGGGGGGCGCGCGCAUUGCUGUGCGCUGUGGGUCGGGAGACUUAGACAAACUUUCAAGGGUAGUAACUGGAGACGCUUGUUGCUCCUCGCCGCAGAAAAAGCCGCACCGUUACGUCGCGGCAGGAGGAGAAGGCGGCGCCCCCGGCCCGAGCCAACGAGUUUGGGCCCCCGGCGGCCGCACGACUGCUGGGUGGAGGCGGCCGCGGCGCCCCCGCGGCGCGGGUACCGCAGCUGCAGCGCCCUCGGCUCCGCGCCGCCCACGGCCCGGCCCCGGCGCCGGGAGGACUCUCAUGAGCCCGGCGCGGUGGCGCCUCCCCGGAUCCAAGCCUCUCUUGGCCGCCUCAUCGCGCUACUCCAGCUGAGAGCGCCGCUUAACCCACGACCGGUGAUGCGGGGCCCCGGCGUGGCCAUGCCGCGCUCUCCCGUGGGCCUGUGCACCCUGGUGCUUGCGCUGCUGGGCGCACUGACCGCGGGCGCCGGGGCGCAGCCGUACCACGGCGAGAAGGGCAUCUCGGUGCCGGACCACGGCUUCUGCCAGCUUAUCUCCAUCCCGCUGUGCACGGACAUCGCCUACAACCAGACCAUCCUGCCCAACCUGCUGGGCCACACCAACCAAGAGGACGCGGGCCUCGAGGUGCACCAGUUCUACCCGCUGGUGAAGGUGCAGUGUUCUCCCGAGCUGCGCUUCUUCCUGUGCUCCAUGUACGCACCCGUGUGCACCGUGCUGGAUAAGGCCAUUCCGCCGUGCCGCUCUCUGUGCGAGCGAGCCCGCCAGGGCUGUGAAGCGCUCAUGAACAAGUUCGGCUUCCAGUGGCCGGAGCGGCUACGCUGCGAGAACUUCCCGGUGCACGGCGCCGGCGAGAUCUGCGUGGGCCAGAACACGUCCGAUGGCUCUGGGGGCCCAGGCGGUGGCCCUACCGCCUACCCUACGGCGCCCUACAUGCCCGACCUCCCCUUCACUGCGCUGCCCCCGGGGGCCGCUGACGGCAGGGGCCGUACCGCCUUUCCCUUUUCGUGUCCCCGGCAGCUCAAGGUCCCCCCCUACCUGGGCUACCGCUUCCUGGGCGAGCGCGACUGCGGGGCCCCGUGCGAGCCUGGCCGCGCUAACGGCCUCAUGUACUUCAAAGAGGAAGAGAGGCGCUUCGCCCGCCUCUGGGUGGGCGUGUGGUCGGUGCUUUGCUGCGCCUCCACGCUCUUCACUGUUCUCACCUAUCUAGUGGACAUGCGGCGCUUCAGCUACCCCGAGCGGCCCAUCAUCUUCCUGUCGGGCUGCUAUUUCAUGGUAGCGGUGGCGCACGUGGCCGGCUUCCUCUUGGAGGACCGAGCUGUGUGCGUGGAGCGCUUCUCAGAUGACGGCUACCGCACGGUGGCGCAGGGCACCAAGAAGGAGGGCUGCACCAUCCUCUUCAUGGUCCUCUACUUUUUCGGCAUGGCCAGUUCUAUCUGGUGGGUCAUCCUGUCGCUCACUUGGUUCCUGGCGGCCGGCAUGAAGUGGGGCCACGAGGCCAUCGAGGCCAACUCGCAGUACUUCCACCUGGCCGCGUGGGCGGUGCCCGCGGUCAAGACCAUCACCAUCCUGGCCAUGGGCCAGGUGGACGGGGACCUACUCAGCGGGGUGUGCUACGUGGGCCUGUCCAGCGUGGACGCGCUGAGGGGCUUCGUGCUCGCUCCCCUGUUCGUCUACCUCUUCAUCGGCACGUCCUUCCUGCUGGCUGGCUUCGUGUCGCUCUUCCGCAUCCGCACCAUCAUGAAGCACGACGGCACCAAGACAGAGAAACUGGAGAAGCUCAUGGUACGCAUCGGCGUCUUCAGCGUGCUCUAUACCGUGCCAGCUACCAUCGUCCUGGCCUGUUACUUCUACGAGCAGGCCUUCCGCGAACACUGGGAGCGCACCUGGCUCCUGCAGACCUGCAAGAGCUAUGCCGUGCCCUGCCCUCCCGGCCAUUUCCCACCCAUGAGCCCCGACUUCACCGUCUUCAUGAUCAAGUACCUGAUGACCAUGAUCGUGGGCAUCACUACUGGCUUCUGGAUCUGGUCCGGCAAGACCCUGCAGUCGUGGCGCCGCUUCUACCACAGACUCAGCCACAGCAGCAAGGGGGAGACUGCGGUAUGAGCCCCGGCCCCUCCCCCACCCUCCCUUCCUCCACUCUGUAAGGGAGAGAAAGGCGCAGUAGGGAAAGAACUUCUGGGUGGGGGGCUUGUUUCUGUAACCUCCUCCCCCUCCAAUGAGAAGUGACGUGGAAGUGAGAAGACUUAUGUAGGUAUGGGACGAGGGGUGGGUUUGAAAAGGAGGCCCAAGUGGAAAGACGGUUUGGAUGAAAAGACUUCUGGCAAAGACUUGCAGGAUAAUGAUAAUAAAACUAAUAAUGAUGAUGUUUAUCAUAUACGGUACGGACCGACCUGGGCCAGUCUAGAAGGUUGAGACCAGCAGAGAUUGCUCUGAGUUCUUCCCAGGUCCGGCUGAAGUGGGACUGAGCGAUUUCCCUGCUGCAAGAAAAGUGGCCUGUCCUCAAUCCUGUGAGGCCCGGGUGAAAGGUACAGCUCUGUCUGCGGCGGCUGCUUUGUUGGAAAAAGGGAGGACUCCCUGCGGUGCCCUUGUCAAGCGGUGGUCAAACCAUAAUCUCUUUUCACUGGGGCCAAACUGGAGCCCAGAUGGGUUAAUUUCCAGGGUCAGACAUUACAGUUUCUCCUCCGCUGCCCCCUCCGCCUGGUUCCCCCCACCCACCCCACUCCUUUCAAGUCUUCUAAAAUAAGUAUUUGGAAGUCUUGGGAGGCCUGCCUCCUAGAAUCCUAAUGUGAGGAUGCAAAAGAAAUGAAGAUAGCUUUUGGAGAUGAUGCAAAGGAGAUGAGUAGUAGGUAUUUCUGCUAUUUUUAAAAUUUUCUGUGGAAGGCAGGAGAAAGAAAAGGGUGUUUUAUUCAGUUUAAUACCCUGAAAAGAAGUGAUGACUUGUUGCUUUUCAGAACAGGAAUGCAUUUUUUCCCCUUGUCUUUGUUGUAAGAGACAAAAGAGGAAACAAAAGUGUCUCUCUGUGGAAAGGCAUAACUGUGAAGACAGCAACUUUUAUAGGCAAAGUAGAGCAAAUCUGAGGUCUCUCUUUGGAUGAUAAUUUGAUUGAGAUAAACAUUCCUUUUUAAGGAAAAGUGAGAGGCCCUGUGCUUCCAUACCCCCAUUGGGUCAGAGGUUCUGACUUGGCUAAAGGAAAUGCAAAGGGUUUUGUUGUUUGUUUUAUGUAAAUUUAAUUCAGAACGCAAGAUCCAAUGAGCUCUAAAAUGUUUAGGAUUAUCUCUCACUUCAUUUUUUUUCUUCCUAUAACCCUACAUUUAGGUUUUCUUUUUUUUUCCAAUUUGAGUCCUUCCAGCUAAAAGGAAGAGCAUAAUGUCUCGGCCUCCGUAAUACAGGAAAGUUAAAUUUAAAAAGGAAAAACAAAAAACAUUUUUUUGUCCUGUUUUCGUAGUCCUACAAAUCCAUUUAUAAAACAUCAUGUGUAUGCUGACCCUGUCUUUGUAGGGCUGGGUGGGGAGGUGACCUACAGAAAUGAUAGUGAAUGAAGAGGACAGUUCAAAUCAUGGGCCCCCCGUUUUAAGGAAAAUCAUUAAAAGAAGGUAAACUUCAAAGUAAUUCUAGAGUUCUUUGAAAUGUGCUGGGUGACUUAAGUUUAUUAAUCUUAAAUCAUGUACCUUUUUUUCUAUAAUAGAGCUCUGAUUCUUUUGCAUAAUGGUCUAAAGCUGAGCAGAGAAUCACGGGAACUAACCUUUACUCCACCUUUGACACCAUCCUGCAAUCUUGCAACACUGUCCUAUUUCUCAAGACAGUUUUUAAGUGCUGUUUUAAACAGUUUUUAAAUCAUGGAAGGUACUGUCAGGAAUAGAAGUUACUUUAUAUAACCUGGUGUUCAGCUGAGUGGAGCUGCAUUUUAUAUUUGAGGUAACAUUGACCUUGUGUUUCUUAAACCUCCCCAACUGUCUCAUUUGUCAAAAUUUUAAAAUCCCCACCAAGCAAUUUUUCAGGAUCUUUUGUGUUGUAUCUCUUGCAUGUGAAAUUUGUAAAAUAGAGACAAGUGCAGUAUGUAUAUUUUGUAAAUCUCCCAUUUUUGUAAGAAAAUAUAUAUUGUAUUUAUACAUUUUUACUUUGGAUUUUUGUUUUGUUUUGCCUUUAAAAGUCUACAAGGAAGCCCCACUUUAUCACAUGUACAGAUCACAAAUAAAUUUUUUUUAAAAUACAGACUGAACAUUUAUUUAGUCUACGGUGCCUAUAUAUCAGUAAGCCAAAGCACUACAAGCAAGGUAUGGAGGGACACCAUUGGACGGUCUCUCAAAGAGGAAGAGGUGAUA